UCUUUGCCUCUUUCUCUCUUCUCUUUCUCUCGCUCUAUAAAACAUCACAUCACACUGACAAUCAGACCUACAAGCACUACCAUUCACGCAACACCGCCACUAAUCCUGCAACAAAGACCGUAUCAUUCAUAUCUUCCAAUAGAGAAAACAUAGACAGAGCAUUUGAUUUUCAACCCUCAGCCAAUCUGAAGAUUGAUCCCUGCUAUUUGCUCCAGGGUCUUUUUCAGGUUUCCUUUUGUCAUUUAUCUCUAGUUGUGGCAUUUUUACCUAGUCAAUUCGAUUUUUUUCAAGAAAGGGUUUUGCGUACAGGUUGGCAUGAAAAGUGAAGGACUACCAAGAGGAAUGAAGUCCACAUGUUGGUGCGUUGUUCUCCUGUCACUCAUUUCUAUGGUUACAAGUGCCCAUUCAUCUGCAUCUGGAAGUUCAGACGUUCUGAAGUCAGAGCGACCAAAGUCAAGAGCUAAGGACCUCUGGACAACAGACACCAGCAAGGACUUAUCCAUCAGUCGUCUGCUCUCCCAGACCUUUUAUGACAAGAACCUGUCUGGCCUGGAUCUGAACUAUGACAAGUUGGAACCAUACCCUCAACAGGAGCUCUGGGACUGGCUCCACAACACCUCUAGCCUUCAUGACCCCCGCUCCCGAUCCAAGAGGAGACCCAUCGUCAAGACAGGAAAGUUCAAGAAGAUGUUCGGCUGGGGCGACUUCCACUCCAACAUCAAGACAGUGAAGCUCAACCUGCUGAUCACCGGGAAGAUCGUAGACCACGGCAACGGCACGUUCAGCGUCUACUUCCGCCACAACGCAACGGGCCAGGGCAAUGUGUCGGUGGGGCUGGUGCCGCCCACCAAGGCCGUGGAGUUCCAGCUGCAGCAGUCGACGGUCCUCGAGCCCAAAGACACCAAGCUGUUCAACUGCAGGGUGGAGUAUGAGAAGGUGGAGAAGGGCACCAGGAAGUCGCUGUGUUCCCACGACCCCUCGCAGAGCUGCCCUCAGGAGCAGACCCAGAGCCAUGUGUCCUGGCUGUGCUCCAAGCCCUUCAAAGUCAUCUGCAUCUACAUCUCCUUCUACAGCACCGACUACAAGCUGGUGCAGAAAGUGUGUCCGGAUUACAACUACCACAGCGAUACUCCCUACCUCCCCACAGGGUGAUUGGCUGAGCGGCUAAGGGAAAGGAACAGAGACAGACAGGGCAUUCGCUCCUGAGAGGUGUCAGUUGAUUUGAGCUAGGCUGGCACGGCCCUCAAUAGAACAGAGGAGGAUGCUUUACUGUCGGAACAGAACUGUUAAAAGGUAUUAUUAAAGCCAAUGCAUCCCUGCUGCUUGUGAGAUCGCUACACUGAGCAGACCUUCCCUAUGGCCAUUGUACGAGCAUUUAGGACGCAAAAUUUCCUGGCUUGGCAUACUUUUUACUCAUGUAUUUUGACCCUCUACAGUAGCUAUAAGAAAGUGCUCAGCCGGGGCCUUCUCUGAAGAUUUGUCAUUAUGUAAAUAAUAACUGAUAAAGCCCACUUUAUUCUAUUAGAAACUGUUUCGAUCUUCUAAUUGUGUGUUGAUGGAAUAGCAUUUUUCAUUUUCUUUCUCUCUCAUUGUCCAUUUCUGUUUGUCACUGGUGAUUACAAAGCAGAAAUGAAAUAGGUAGAUGUCGACUUACUGUGAAGGAAAGUGUCAGAACGCAUUAAGACGUGCCAUCUAUUUCGUUGCUUGUUUGUAUCUGUAUGACAGCCAGAAAUACAGAUCCUUUCAAAUUGUUUCUUUUUCAGUCUCAGUGGACUAUACACACAGGAAACUGUUGAGCAUGAAAAAGCUAGCAGUGUUGCAGUUCUUGACACAAACAGGUGAAGCCUGCCACCUACCAUACCCCGUUCAAAGGCACUUAAAUAUUUUGUCUUGCCCAUUCACCCUCUGAAUGGCACACAUACACAAUCCAUGCCUCAAUUGUUUCAAGGCUUAAAAAUCCUCCUUUAACCGGUCUCCUCCCCUUCAUCUACACUGAUUGAAGUGGAUUUAACCAAUACCAUCAAUAAGGGAUCAUAGCUUUCACCUGGAUUCCCCUGGUUAGUCUAUAUCAUAGAAAGAGCAGGUGUUCUUAAUGUGUUGUAUACUCAGUGUACAUUGUUUUUGGUAGAUAACGAAGAAAAAAAUGUUACCAAUGAUUUUCAGCUCUGACAUUGAUGCCAUGUUGAUAGCAAUCUCUUGCCCUCAGUUAUAUCCUAUCCGACACAAGUUAAUGCAGAGUAAAUCAGAUCAAUGGAGGACUUUCAUUCAUUAUGGAUCUAAGUGUAUUUCAAUAUUUAAAAAAUGACCAUUUAUGUUUGCCCCAUGAGGAAAAAACACAGUAAAGAGUCCCCACUCUGUUCGCUAUAAAACAUUAAAUCAAUGAAAUCAAAGGACGUUACAGCAUAAAAUGUGCUGCUUGCCAGAGGACAUGUAUUAAACUGCAGGGGCAUCUCUCCACACAUUAUAACAACCACUUCUGACAUCAAUAACGCAAAUUCUGGAUGAUGAUGUAAUAACACUAUACGAUAAUGAUACUGUGUAUUCGAUUUGGCCGUUGAGCUUUCAUUAUGCAAAUGUGAUGCUUGUAGCUGAUUGUGAAACAUCUCUGAGAACCAUCACUGUGAUUGUCAUCCCUGUGUGAGAGAAUAAUGUUCGGGAAUUACACUGAUACACAAUAGGAAUAGAAAUCCUUUAUGAGGUUGAUAGGCACCUUGAGGUAUAGUUUUUUAUGCGGUUUGCAGUGUACAUCUAACUAGUCAACUACUGCAGGGUCUUCAGUACUGUACACUUGCACACAGACUCGUUUGAUGUUGACACAACUGAAAAAUGGAAUGGAAGAUUUGACAAGGUACUUUAUAAGAAAUAGGGUUUGUUUCCUGUGAAGAGAGGGGCCUAUGUGAUAAGAGAGUGUGAACAGGGAUUUAUGAUGUGAAUGAACAAAGCUGACAGAAAAAAAAACGUUAACAUUUGACUCAUAAAUUGAGAGCAGUUAUCUGUCAUCAUGGCUACUGGAUGACAAAUGUUUCAGAUUAUAUUAUUCGAAUGGGUCUUCCAUUUUUAUAAAGAGUCAUUUUCUGUAUAAGAUCAGUUAAAUAUGUUGCCAAACUGGACACUCGUCUUCAUUUUGUGUAAUAUAUUAUACUUGAUGUACGGCUAAUUAUUAUUUAUUUGAAAUAUAUAUAUAUGAAUUCAACUGCACUCUUUUAUGAUGUCCGAUAGUUGCACUUGGUUCUGAGUCUAAGCUCUAUCUGGUACCAUUUCUAUGAAUGAAAACCUCCAUCUGUAAUAUACUACUGCAUGACUAACACAAAGCUUUUAAUGAGUGAAUUAUCCCCCAUACCAGAUCCAGUCCAUUGGUGCAGUUGUCCUGGGCCAUAGCCAUACACCAAGCCUCCGGUCUCCUCCUGCUCUCAGAGAACUUCCUGAUUAAUGUGGUCUGGGGAACUGUCACAAAUGGCAGAUAGAAUCAGGGGAUUUCUCCUUCAGACUCCCAAUGACACCCAGCAGCUGCAGGAGUAAACAGAUGACUAACCGCUGGCCUUUUGGCAGCCAUUGGAGACUGGGAGGAGGAGGAGACCUGUAAACGUUGCCUUGACAUUUAGGUGGAUUAAAAAGUUAUUGGGAUCCUGCUCUCCUGGUGUCGGAGGUAGUUGGCUCCGUAAUUAACUGUGUCUUGGUCUUUUUUCAAGAAGCUAAGCUAAAAGCAUGCUAAGUAUCAUGCUUGUUGCAGUCCUUCACUUACUAUAUGUAGGGCUAGGUACACUUGGUUAGCCUAGCACUUUAUCUGAUAUGACAUCUAUAUUAGUGACCAAAUAGCACAUCACUCAUAAACAGAUAAUCAGAUGGGAUGUCAAAUGACUUAUUUGAGUAUGUGCAAUUGGCAUCUAAUUCCAGAGUAAUUCAUUAUUGUCAUUUCAUAUCUUGUUAUGUUAUUGCAGAAUUCAUGUUGUGUUUUGCUUUGAAUCUGUGGUGUUCAUUUCUGUGUGAAAUACUGACGUAUUAAAGCUCUA